CCACCUGCCAAUGCCCAUCAGUGCCACAUCAAUGCCACAUAUCAGUGCCUACCAGUGCACAUCAAUGCCACAUAUCAGUGCCCAUCUGAGCUGCUUUUCAGCCACCUAUUAGUGCCAGUCAGUGUCACCUAUCAAUGCCAGUCAGUGCCACCUAUCAGUGCUGCCAAUCAGUGCUGCGUAUCAUCAGUGUCGUCUAUCAGUGCGCAUCAGUGCCACCUAUCAGUGCCCGUCAGUGCUGCCUAUCAGUCCUGUCUAACAGUGCCAGUCAGUGCCACCUAACUGUGCCAGUCAGUGCCACCUAUCAG